CAAGUGUUAUCAUGAUGAAUCCACAAAUAACCAUGCAGUUGAUACAAAUCUUGGAAAAGACUGUUUCACCAGACAAAAAUGAAUUGUUGUCGGCGAAAAACUUUUUGGAGCAGGCUGCCGAAAGUAAUUUACCGGAAUUUCUAAAGGCAUUGUCCGAUAUACUGGUCACUGUCACCAACAGCCCUGUGGCUCGUAUGGCAGCUGGUCUGCAAUUGAAAAAUCAUUUGACCAGUAAGGAUGAGACCAUUAAUUUACAAUAUCAACAGAGAUGGCAUCAAUUCCCCGAAGCCACAAAGGAGUACAUCAAGAAGAAUAUUCUUGAUGCUUUGGGUACAGAAAAUACCCGUCCCUCCUGUGCUGCUCAAUGUGUUGCCUAUGUGGCUGUUGCCGAAUUGCCCAUUAAUCGUUGGGGCAUGCUUAUACAGACAUUGGUAAAUAAGGUUGUAAAUGCCGGUUCCAGUGAAAUGGAUCGUGAAGCUGCUCUGGAAGCUAUCGGUUAUAUUUGCCAGGAUAUUCGUUAUGGUGUUUUGGAAAAUCAAUCGAAUCAAAUAUUAACCGCCAUUAUUCAUGGCAUGCGAAAACAAGAACCUAGCAAUCAUGUACGUUUGGCUGCUACAACGGCUUUGUUAAAUUCCCUGGAAUUCACAAAGGCCAAUUUUGAGAAGGAUGUGGAACGUAACUAUAUUAUGGAGGUGGUCUGUGUGGCAACCCAAUCGCCAGAUACUCAAGUGUGUGUAGCUGCUCUGCAGUGUUUGGUUAAGAUCAUGUCAUUGUAUUAUCAAUAUAUGGAACCUUAUAUGGCACAAGCUUUGUUCCCCAUUACAUUGGAGGCAAUGAAAUCGGAAAACGAUCAAAUUGCCCUGCAGGGUGUUGAGUUCUGGUCUAACGUGAGUGACGAAGAAAUAGAUUUGGCCAUUGAAAAUCAAGAAGCCAACGAUGCCGGUCGUCCCCCCACUCGUGUUUCUAAACAUUAUGCAAGAGGUGCUUUGAAGUUUUUGGUUCCCGUUCUGGUGGAGAAGCUUACAAAGCAGGAUGAAUGUGAAGAUGAGGAUACCUGGAGUCCAGCCAAGGCUGCCUCUGUGUGUCUCAUGCUUUUGGCCACCUGCUGUGAAGAUGAGAUUGUGCCUCAUGUAUUCCCCUUCAUUAAGGAUAAUAUUGAAUCGGCCGAUUGGCGUUUCCGUGAUGCUGCUGUCAUGGCAUUUGGUUCUAUAUUGAGUGGUAUUGAAGCCAAUACUUUGAAAUCGUUGGUAGAGCAGGCUAUGCCAACACUUAUUCGUUUAAUGUAUGAUCAAAGCGUUAAUGUUCGCGAUACAACAGCCUGGACAUUUGGACGUAUUUGUGAUAUUAUUCCCGAAGCAGCCAUCAACAAGACCUAUUUGCAGCCUUUAUUGGAAUGUUUCAUUCAAAGUUUGAAGGCCGAACCACGUGUAGCAGCCAAUGUUUGCUGGGCAUUCAUUGGUCUAUCAGAUGCCGCAUAUGAAGCUGCUGAAGGUGGCGAAAGUGAAACACCCGAAACCUAUUGCCUUUCGCCAUAUUUCGAAUAUAUCAUUACACAACUGUUGGAAACCACUGAUCGUCAAGAUGCCAAUCAAGGAAAUUUGCGUGCUGCCGCCUAUGAGGCUCUUAUGGAUAUGAUCAAGAAUUCUCCAUUGGAUUGUUAUUUGAUUGUACAGCGUACAACCAUCGUGAUUUUGGAACGUUUGAAUCAAGUUCUACAAAUGGAGACACACAUUUCCAGUCACAAUGAUCGCCAUCAAUUCAAUGAUUUACAAUCUCUGCUCUGCGCCACACUUCAGAGCGUAUUGCGUAAGGUGCGUGAAGAUGAUGCACCACAAAUUUCCGACGCCAUUAUGACUGCUCUGCUAACCAUGUUCAGUUCAAGCUCCGGCAAAUCGGGCGGUGUUCAAGAGGAUGCCUUCUUGGCGGUAUCUACAUUGGUCGAGUUAUUGGGAUUGAAAUUCGUCAAGUACAUGGAUGCAUUUAAGCCAUUCUUGUACAUGGGCCUGAAGAAUCACCAGGAAUAUCAAGUGUGUUGUGCAGCAGUAGGCCUAACUGGUGAUAUAUGUCGUGCUCUCAAACAACUCAUUAUUCCCUACUGCGAUGAAAUAAUGAAUCUCCUUUUGGCAAAUCUGUCUGAGCCAACAUUACAUCGUAGCGUCAAGCCGCAAAUUUUGUCGGCAUUUGGCGAUAUGGCUCUUAGUAUUGGUGGUGAAUUUGUAAAAUAUUUAAAUGUCGUCUUGGAGAUGUUGAGAGCCGCAUCACAAUUGGAGGUUGAUCCCAAUAGCUAUGACAUGGUUGAAUAUUUGAAUGAAUUGCGUGAAAGUGUCUUGGAAGCCUAUACCGGCAUCAUUCAAGGUUUGAAAGGCGUUGAAAAAACACCCCACCCAGAUGUCUUCCAUUUGGAACCACAUUUGGGACACAUUCUUAUGUUUAUUAAACGUAUUGCUGCCGAGGGUGAUAAUCCCGAUUCAAUGAUUGCCAGUGCUGCUGGUUUUAUUGGCGAUUUAUGUUCGGCAUUUGGACCCCGCCUAUUACCAUUGGUGGAUAAUGCCACCGUUACACAAUUCUUAACCGAAGGCAAACGUUCAAAAUCCAGCCGUACAAAGUCACUGUGUAAUUGGGCCUUGAAAGAAAUCAAGAAAUUGCGUGAUCAACAACCAAUAGCUCAGUAAAUUGAAGUGAAGUUCAUAUUUUAGAAAGGG